GUGCCAACGGUUGUUAGGGAAAUUUUUUCUAUUCUGAUUAUUCGAAUUUUUGACCGGCAGCGGGUAAUUCGCGACCCGCGACCUGCGACCGAGUAUAUACAUUUUUCCUAGAAUUUUUUGAAUAUCAAUAAAAUAUGGAAUUUGAAAAGAAUAGAACACCGCUCAAAAUGUAUUCAACAUUACAUGUGAGUGGAAUAGUGACACAUAAAGUUGGUAAUGAAAGUAUAGAAUUGGUUAGGACACCCGGAGGUGGCAGAUGCCAUAAAAAGAUGCUGCAUCCACGUACGCCUAGUAAGACAAUAAAUUGCAAUAUAUCAGCUAUUAGCAGUGUUUGUGGCAAUUCAGCUAAACAGAUUUUAUACUCCGCUGCCAUGAGUACGCCGCCAGCGAAACGAUUUCAUCGUAUAAAGAAUCCUUUUGAACCUGUAUUAGCAGACCGCCUGCAUUUACCAUUAAUUGCAAGUCCAUCAUUAUUUCAGCGCCCAACAACACCUCAGCUGUCUUCAACACAAUUCGAAUGGAAUAUUGACGAAGUGUCCUCAUUAAAGCCAGCAAAUGUAGAACCACAUGAAACGCAGUUUCAUGAUUCACCUGAUCCAGAUUAUGAAGCAAAAGCACAGUCCGCAAUAAGCUCAUACUUUAAGGAUAAUCAAAUUGUGCCAAGUCCAGUAGAUUGCCAGCUGCGCAGUCAACGCAUAAUACUUUCGGAAUUGAAUAGUAAUACACCAAUUACAAAGCCUGGACGACGUAUACGUGAUUGUGGAACGCAAACAGAAUUAACGUUGCCAUUUAUAUUGCCACCAGAUUUAGAGGAAGCAUUAAUGCCAUAUUUUCAUCCACAAUUGGCUUUGGCUGAUCGUUACAACUGUGAGAUAGAAGCGCAAAUACGUUUUAGUAGUGAAUCAAACAUGUCGAUUUCUAACGAUGCUAAGGAUGUUUCGUUGCGACGGAAACUGUUCGAUCUGAACAAUAUUGUAGUACUUGAUGAAGCUGGAACACCAACGACUGAUACUAAAUCCAUUACGAAACAUCCAAACUCCAGUCCAACAUCCAAUGGGGGUAAUUCGCGCGAUAGCGGUGGCAAUCACUUUGCUAUUGUUGGUAAACUGUCAGAUUCCAUGGACAAGAGUUCGUUCGGCUCGCUUUCACCCAUUUCAGCUUCUGAUGGACUUUCUAAUUCACCACAUUCGCCAAUAGUAAAUCCCAGUGGCAUGAAAUCACGCAUGCAAAAUUUCCUACAAGAACUGUCCGAUGCUGAACAACUGUCACCAAUACAUCCACCUGUACGGCAAACCAGCAGGCGUGGUCUUGACAAAACACAGUUCACAAAUAAAUCACAACAGUCAUCAAAGGAUAGCUAUCGUUGUCAAGAACUUAAUCAAAGUGGACCAGCCACAUUGGGGGAUGCCUCGUUAGCCAACAUGGAUGGAGUCAUCGAAAAAUUUACUCCCGACCGUAGUUCUUCGCCAUUGCGUCUGAAUUAUUACUCUAACGAAUCGGAGACAGCGAAUGGUCAUUUAUCAAUAGAUAGCAGUUUCAAUAUGAAAAUCAGUCGUUUGGCGGUGAAUAGUUCGAAAUCCAUAAAACAAAGACCGCCGUGUAUUGGGAAAACUCAUGAGUAUGACGUGUUCGCAAAUGAUGACACACAAGAAUUGAUCGAAGAUGACGAUAUGCAAGUUUCACAGUUGUCGGUGCAGAAUUGUAGUUCAUCUAGUUCAACGGAUACACCGCGUAGUAAAAAACGUUCAGCAAGUCGUAAAAAUUUAUCACAAUCUUUCUCGCUUAAUUGGCUGGAUGACGAGGAACUUGGUGAAGGUGAACAGCGGAAAGAGGACAAAGAUAAUUUCCAAAAAAUUCCAAUAGAUGUGCCACGCAUCGAUAUUAAAGCUGUAGAUGAGUUGAUAGUGAGAGAACAUGAACUCCAGCAGCAACAGCAAAUGACGAAGCACGCUUUGCACGUAAAAAGCAUUGGUGUUGACAAACAUCAUGAUGGCGUCGAUGAGCAAACCCGCGCAGUAUUCUAUCGCGUUGACAGUGGCUUUAAUGAAAUGCCGGCCAGUGGUUCCUGCUCCAGUUACUCCUUGGGCGCAAGUCAAACAUAUGAUAGCGCACAUUCGCCCACCAAAGAACUGGACGUAAGCAUGGUCUGUUGUUCAACGCCUUCAAAAUCCUCAAACAGCAUGAGCGUUGAAUCUUGACGGCACAUAAUUGCGUAUAGAAACAUUGCCAAGCCUACUCCAUAUUCAAUUUUUAUAUUUGCCAACUGCCUUUUUUUUUUAAUUAGCGAAAAUUUUAGAGGAAAAAUUUAACAAUAUACAUAUAUAUAUUAGUAACUAACGUUAAUAUUAUAUGCGCGCAAUUAUUGUUCCGAAUGCAAUAUUCAAAGCCAACUUUUGUAGCAACAUUUUAGGUUAAAGAAUUAAAUUUAGACUGUAAUUUUUUUUUUUAGAAUAAUCAAUUUAUAUACGAGACUGUCGUGCUGCAGAAAGUACUCAUUCACCCACCCACCUAUAAAUAUUUAUAAAAUGGUGCAUCUACUUUAGAAUAAUUGUAGUAGUUAUUACUAUAAUAGUGCGCCUGUAAAACACCAACAUAACUGUUUAGUUUUUAAUUAGUCUAUUUCAUGAUUUAUGCCAUUUAUCACCUAAAGAGCGUAUAUUUUAUAUUUCUAAAAAAAAAAUGUUUCUAUGCAGUUUUCUACAAUUUCCAGUUCAAGUACGUAUUUAUUGUAUGUUUGUAAAUCAUGUUCAAUUAGGCCGUACUAUGCACUAUGUUUUUGUUAUUUUAUUUAGUCACUUUUACGUUCGUUUACGUCUAUUAUCAAUUGUCCAUUAUUUUAUAUUCACACAUACUUUUUUGUUUUAGAACUGUUUGUACGCAAUUUCUCUAUCACAUACUAUCACAUAAAUACACUUUUUUU